AUGCAGCUUGCAUCAACCACACCUACAGCAACAGCAGCAACAGCAACAGCAGCAGCAGCAGCGCCGACAGCAACUGCUCAGGGGGCCCCCGGGGGCCUAGGGGAAGUAUUGAUGAGAGCCUCUGUAUCUCAAGGAGCAGCAGCUGCAGCAGCAAAUGCAGCACCAGCAGCAGCAGCAGCAGCAGCAGCAGCGCGCAGCAUCCUGGGAGGUUCGGUGCAUGCAGAGCCACCCGCAGGCCCUGCAGCAGCAGCAGCAGCAGCACAUUCAGUUUGGGGUUUGCCGUUUGCUGAGGCAGAUGUUCUGACGCCUUUGCUGCUGCAGCUGGGCUCCCCAGCAGCAGACUCAGCAGCAGCAGCAGCAGGUGCAGCAGCAGCAGGAGGUGAAGCAGCAGCAGCAACAGCAGGCUAUCAAGAGGCGCUAAAGCAGAUUAAUAGUUUACAGAUGCAGCAGAGGUGGCAGCUAUUUGCUGCUGCUCCUCUAUGCGGCGUGCUGCUGCCUGCUGCAUUCCUGCGGCAGCAGCUGCAGCAGCUGCAGCAGCAGCUGCAGCAAGACCUUCUAGAGGCCCCCCAGAUUUCAAACACUCUGCGGUGCGUUGCUUUGGCUUUAGCUCUGGGAAGCCCGGGGCCCCCCGCAGCAGCAGCAGCAGCAGCAGAUCAUACAGCAGCAGCAGCAGCAGCAGCAGCAGAAUUCCACGCGUUGCUGAAGCAGCUGCUGAGGCAGGCUGGUAGUGAGUUGCCCUUCAGCGGCAGCUGUGCUGCUGCCGCUGCUCUGUCUGUUGCUGCAGCAACUGCAGCAAAACGAGCAGCAGCAGCACCAGCUGCUGCUGCUGCAGAUGCAGAGUCUCUGGCUGCUGCUGUAUCUCUUGUCUCCGAGUUGGUUGCGGUUUGCAGCAGCAACGAAAUUCAUCUCUCCUUAGACUGUCUGCUGCUGCUGCGGGUAGCCCUAGAGCUACUCAGCUGCUGCUGCAGCAGCAGCAGCAGCAGCAGCAGCAUCAGCAGCGGGGUCUGUGAAGGCCAGAGCGACUUGUGGCUGCAGCAGCUACCGGGGUUUGCUGCUGCUGCUGCUGCAUUUCUGCGCUGCGUUGUGCUGCAUCCACACGUUGCACUCCCGCUGCCUCCAGAGCAGCUGCAGCAGCAGCAGCAGCAGCAGGAGCAGCAGCAGGUGCAUGAUGACUUCUUAGAGGCAGACGACUUGCAGCAGCAGCAGCAACAGCAGCAGCAGCAGCAGGAAGAAGCAGCAGCAGCAACAGACAGGGCACCGCGACACGAGUUGCUGCUGCACCCACCGCGGGUUUUCAUCAACAGCCCUGCCGUCGGCCUCCCUCAGGAAGGCUGGAGGCGACUGUCGGCUAUGGGGCGGGGGUGGCGGCUGGUGGAGGCCCAGCAGGUCAGCAGCAGCAGCAGCAGCAGCAGCAGCAACAACAACAGUCUCUAG